CACUCAACUAAAAUUCGCAGUAUAAUGCAAAAUUUCAUUUCUCAAGUAAUACCCGAUGUUUCAAAUCGUUUUUUAAGUAAACUAUGCACUCCAUCAGGUCAAGGCAUCCCACCACCAAGUCAUGAAGGUGGAUACAAGAUUUACAAAACUCUAUUUUUCCUACUUGGAAUACCGGUUAUAAGUUUAGCAGCUAUGAAUGCUAUGUACAAAAAAUCAUUGAGAGAAUGCGAAAGACCACCUUUUAUUAAAUACGAAUAUUUACGUAAGAGGGACAAAAGAUUCCCAUGGGGAGAUGGUACGAAAACAUUUUUCCAUAAUCCAGCCACAAAUCCUUUACCAGACGGAUACGAAGAUGAACUUGACUGAAUAAUAUACAUUUAAUAAAAAUUAUGAACC